AUGUCCCAGACGUCAGCAAGUGAGCCUCCUAUAUUGGCGACGCAAGUUGGUGUGCUGGAACAUUUGGAGGAAACUGAGACAAUUCAACCUCAUGUAAGAAACCAUUUGUCUGUAUUUGUCUUUGUCGGCUCUAUAUAUAGACUGAGGUAGUAUAACCAUCUGGGCCAAACACUUUCUAAUUCUUCACAUGUAAAUACUUUAUGUACAAUUACCUUACGGAAGACUUAUUAUGCAGUAAAUAUACAGUACGACAUCAUGAUAACAUGAAAUAAGUUUUAAUUCUUGUAAUAUAACUUUUAUUAUAUAACUUGUAUUCAAUAAUAUUUUAGCUUAGUUGUCAGGGACACUAGGCAGAACAGUGUUACCCCGUUGAAACAAAGCUUAUUAUUAUUAGUGUUAUUAUAACCAUAAUUGACCUUAAAAUUAUCUACCCUGGCUAUAACCUUACUGCACCCCGAUUUUAGAAACCAAAAAGUCACGAAGCUUUAGUCAAACGUCUGCCAGGAAAUGUCUUAAGUACAUCAACAGUCUCGGAAACAAGUGAUCAUUCAUCGUCCCUGCUCUGGACUCCUGCACAGCCAGUGAUAAAACCAAUCAAGGACAAGGACAAGGUAUGUAUGAUACCGGCAAGUAUGAAAUCUUGUAGAUCCAAUGAAGAUCCAAUGAAAUUAAAACCAAAUAGGAGAAGAUUAUGACAAUAUUAUCUUUAACAUUAUACACUGCAUAGGGUUUUAAAUUUACUCAAUCCUAUUGAAAGAUAUUCCCGCAAGCCACGGAUACAGGUAUCUGUUACCAACUGGGCAAGUUCAAACAAUCGAAGUUAAAUUUCGCUAAGUUAGUCCAUUAACAGUUGUUUUCCCCGCUCUAACAAAGUACAGCAAAUGGAAGAAUCUCAUAUUUAAUCUCAAUAUUCAAUAGUCAUUGCUAUUUAAAGAAUUCGAAAAUGGAAAUCUUACUCCAUACAUUAAGGUAGUUCCUUCAACAUAAAAAAAUAAUCCACUUGGCUGUUAAUGGAGUCACUAGAUUCACUCACUUCAGCACUGAUAGGGUAAAUUCAACAAAUUCAUUGCAUUGAAAUCGCAACAUAUCACACGAACUCUGUUCAAUUGGAACAAGAUGGAAAAGGUAGAAAAAGUAAUAGAAUUUUAGAAGCAACAUGGCAAUAUUUGCAAACUUAUAAAUUAUUACCUGUCUUCGCCUUAGAAGAGAGUGACCACGAAUACAACAGUAACCAAUUAUUGCAACCGCAUUACUAUACUUUCAAAAGUCUGAAAAGGCCGAGCCUAAACCAUACCCUCAUAGCCUAACAAUUACAUCUAUCAUUUCCUUUUUUAGCAACCGUCUUCUCACAGGACACAUCGAAAAAGCCACAAGAGCAAACGUCGUCUUUAUAAAGAUGAGAAAACAACAGAAAGCGAAGAAACUUCCGCAUUCUUAACAAAACAAGAGCAAGAGAAUAGUCGUGUUCAGUCUGAGAAUCUGUGCUCAUUUGAACGAGACUACCAGCACCACAGACGCAGUAAAACACACGGGAGCAGUGCGGGAAGGCAUAGUUCAAGACGAUCUAACAAGAAACAUCAAGAACUUUACAACGAUUAUACGAGAUAUCAAUAUCAUCGCAGGUCACAUAGGGUAUGUUGUUUUAAUGGGUGCAUUCCAGCUAUAGACUAAAUUUUGAUCAAGGUAAGAAGAACGAAAUCCAACACCACAGCUAGAAAGAGCAUCUUAGAAUACCACUUUCGGCUGAAAAAUGGUUAUUCUUCCCGCGCGUAAUGCAAAUAUAUACAAAAUUUGCGAACUUCACAGGGCUAUAUUUUCCUCAUUUUACAACAUUUCGCAACCAAACGUUGCAAUUUUACUCAUUUUAAGAUGCUCUUUCCAGCUCUGGUAAUGGAGUUCAUUCUUCUUGUGUAGAUCAAAAUUUUGUCUAUACUCAAAAGGUGGAAUAAUCCAUUACUGUACCAUAGACUGGAGAGCUCUAUCAGUUCUAAACUGUUCUCCCAUGAGAUGUCCAGUAAGGGUUCCUUACCACAAGAAAAAGAAAACUACAGUUCCUAGUGAAGUCCUAGAGAAAACCUACGGAGACACGGAAACUGCAUGUUGCAAGCGUCGAUCCCUACUGGUCACAGAGGUUGAAGGAACAUGCCAUGAACAUCCGCCCUGUGUUUACAUAUUUUCACCAGAUAUGAUAUUUUUAACACACUUUGUUUAUUUUUAUAGGAUAAGCACAGAAAACAUAAAUCCCGAUCACAACAAAAAAAUGACACUGAAACAAGGUAUAAUAAGAAAACAAUUGUAAUAAUCGUAUGUGCAAAACAAUCACAAGGAAUUCUAUUACUCAUUAGAUAGUACAUUUUGCAAGAACUACCAUGACUAUAUACCAUUACAGUAAACUGUUUCAACGCAAAUUUGUUCUGAAAUACCAAACUCAUUGCAUGCCCCCAACCAAUACCGCUGAUUGAAACCUAAUUCUUGUUUAUGUUGGAAACAUUUUCAGUACGACAAGCGGCUUACCAAAGAUAAUCCAAAGACUUAAAGAUUUUUUCUUUGGCAAAAAGACAGAUGAAGAGCACGGGCGGAAAUCGCCUAAAGAACACAGUAGGAAGGAUUUCCAUGGGCACUCCAUUUCUAGGAAACACAAACAUGAAAUUUCUGGGAAAUUAUUCCGCAGUGCAAGUGAUUCUGACCUUGAGGUAGUCAAGCAUCAUCAUAGAAGAUCUUUACAUAAGAAACGUAUUAAGGAUGAUUAUUUAAAAAACAGCAAACACUGGAAAUCCAGACAUCAAGAUAAUAGACUGCCAAGUAUCUGUGAAAGUAGCGAUCGCUCCGGGAAACUGGGUUCUGGCAGUGAUGCAGGGAAACUGGUACUGGCCAGGAGCGGGAAAACAAUGUAUAAUGACAUCACUGGACGUAAAAAUGGCGACCUGAGGAGAGCAAAUGGUCAUUGCAAAAGAGAAGAGAAAGAUACGAGCGAAGGAAGUCAUUCCCUGGACUCUUCACAUAGUAAGAGAAGACACAGACGUCGGAGUAAGGAGUACCAGAGUUUGAAAAAGAAAUGGGCAAAACAACAUCAGAGCUUUGAAAAUGAUUUGGAAAAGAUGGAGAAGUUAGUAGAAUUGAUUGGAAUGAAGAAGACUCAGGGAUGGUUGGAACAAAAG